AUGGCAGAGUCAUUGACUGAUAUCUGCCUUCACUGCGUGGAGCUGAUUCGCCAGGUCCCCGUUUACAUCUUGCUCAUAUCCUUUGUCGCAACCUUCGUUGGGUUCAUUGCGCUGGCGUAUGUGUUCCUCUUCGCGGUUGCGCCCGAACCUCGAAAGCCCUUCCCAGAAGAAAAGAACUUCCGAACAUUGUCUGAAGAUGGCGAGGUUACCGAACCCCAGCCACUACCGUGUUGGCAGGACGCCUGGGAAUCAGAGAGAAAACGCGGUCUGAACAAUGGCGCUGGCAUUGAGCUGGAAAAGCCGGAGCUGUUCAUGUCAGUCGUGGUGCCGGCUUACAAUGAAGAGGAGCGUCUCGCGGGCAUGCUGGAGGAGGCAGUCAACUUCCUCGAACGCUCCUACGGCACAUUGGCCGAGGAGAAGAAUGGCCGUCCUGGCCGGUCAGAGAAAGGUGAUGUACGAAAACGAAGAGCCAACGAGAAGGCCAAUGGACACGCGGCCCCUUUUGCGCAGCCCAGAGGCUGGGAAAUCCUCAUCGUGUCUGAUGGGUCUACGGACAAGACGGAGGAGACGGCAUUCGCGUUCGCACGAGAGCACCAGCUUUCGCCGCAUCCCACGGGUCACUGCGGUCCGUGGACGCCAGAGGCCCGCGAAGGGAUCCAUAUCCCUCCUGGGAGUAUCCGGGUUGUCUCGCUUACCAAGAACCGAGGUAAAGGCGGCGCUGUCACACACGGCAUGCGCCAUGUCCGGGGCCAGUACGUGGUCUUUGCAGACGCAGACGGAGCGACCAAGUUUGAUGAUCUGGCGAAGCUGGUCACUGCCUGUCAGGCGGUUGAGGAUUCGGAGAAACGUGCCGUCGCGGUCGGUUCGCGGGCCCACAUGGUUGGCAGCGAGGCCGUUGUAAAGCGGUCGAAACUGCGCAAUUUUCUGAUGCACUCGUUCCAUCUGAUCCUGUGGCUCCUGACGCCACCAAAAACCGCCACCAUCAAAGACACCCAAUGCGGGUUCAAGCUCUUUUCCCGCGCGUCGUUGCCGUACAUCAUCCCGUACAUGCACUGCGAGGGCUGGAUCUUCGAUGUGGAGAUGCUAAUGCUAGCCGAGUUCGCGGGGAUCCCCGUCGUGGAAGUCCCCGUGGGGUGGCGCGAGGUUAAGGGCAGCAAACUCAACGUGAUCUGGGACAGCAUCGGCAUGGCUUGGGGGCUGGCGAUCCUUCGAGCGUCGUGGGGGUUGGGUGUUUAUCGGAGGACAUAA